GCUGCUGGAGUAGCAAACCUGGCAACCUGGCAGCUUGUACGGAGACCGACUGGCAAUCUGGCAAUGCGGAAAUAGAUCUGGCACCCCCAGAGCCCGGACUGAGGAGAGAGGCGUGACAGAGCAAGCAGAGAGGAGCGGGGAUUGCAUUGACAAAGAUAAAAUAAGCAACUCUUUUUCUUUCCUAUUAGCUUCUUUCUUUUUUUAAUUAAAGUGCUCAGGUGCGCUCAUUUGCACCAGCUGGGAUUUUUCCAGCAUUUGUUUUUUUAUUUGACAAGUCUGAGAAGAGGAAAGAAGAAGUACGUUUUAUCGUUUGGAUUCAGGACUUUACUGAGUUUUCCUGUUUUUUGCAUCAAGCAUGGAUGUGUUGGCGAAUUACAGUAUUUUCCAGGAACUCCAACUCGUACAUGACACUGGUUAUUUCUCUGCGAUGCCUUCCCUGGAGGAGAACUGGCAGCAGACAUGUCUAGAGUUGGAGCGGUAUCUACAGACGGAGCCCAAGCGACUCUCUGAGCUCUUUGAUGAGGAGCUGGACUGUUUGUUAACACCUGCCUUCAUGCAGGGCGGUGACAGUGAUGAGGAUCUGAUGGACCCCCUCCUCCCCAGUCUCCCUGACCAGCCCAGCCCACCUCCACUACUGGUAACUCUCCCGAAGGUCCAGACCAAAAUCCUCCAGGUGCCCAGCCCCAGCAAGAUCCAAGCAGAGGCAGGGACUGAAAGCCUCACACCUAAGGACCAAGUCCUCACAGGAGUCAGUGCUGCACAACUUAGCGCCGCCGUUACUUCCCUAACGCCACCAUCGUCACCAGAGCUCGGCCGCCACCUUGUCAAAACCACACAAACACUGACAGCGUCUGCAGAUGGCACGCUAACUCUCAAACUUGUGGCGAAGAAGGUAGGGUUAGGGGCGGCUAAGCUGGUGGCAGCACGAGCAUUACCGUCACCGCCAAGCCGAGGAGGAGCCCUCAGUGACAGCGAGCAGGGAGGAGGAGGAAGUCUGGGAGGAGAUGUACCAGAAAACAAAAAGAGAGUCCAUCGGUGCCAGUUCAAUGGCUGCAGGAAGGUUUAUACCAAGAGCUCCCAUCUGAAGGCACAUCAGAGGACUCAUACUGGUGAGAAGCCCUAUAAGUGCUCAUGGGAGGGCUGCGAAUGGCGUUUUGCCCGCAGUGAUGAGUUGACACGACACUACCGUAAACACACCGGAGCGAAGCCAUUCAAGUGCAACCACUGCGACAGGUGUUUCUCUCGGUCAGACCACCUGGCCCUGCACAUGAAGAGGCACAUCUGAGGGAAGAAAGAGAAGGCGUGGGAGAAGGGAAGAAUCAAGAGGAGAAAGAGGAGGAGGAGCAGGAGGAGGAGGAGGAGGAGGAGGAGGAGGAGGAGAGAUAGGAAGAGAGAGGGACGGGCAGUCGGUCUACCAACCGCCCACCUCGCUCACCCCGUCUGUAAAGCAGUCGCGGCCAUGACGCCUGCUGGGCAGCGCAUCCAUCUGAGAGGGCCAUAAAGAUCGAACAAACUGACGGUCCUCUCAUUGGAGACGGGGAUUGGAGGGAAAUGAGGAGUAGCUAGCUUGUUGUUUUUCUUUAAAAUUACACACUCACACAGUCGCAAUAGUGAACACUCCACACACCCGUCUUUGAAUGCAUCAUCCCGGUGAACCUCGGCUGCUCUCACGUGGCUCUGGGGCCUUGGACACAGCCAGUCUAACAUAUACUUAACUCGCUUGAUGAAACAUUACGCCGCCUUUUUUCUUUCUCUGUAUUCAGUGUGUUUAAACCAUAGAGUCACUUUGGGUGAGAAGUUCAGUGGGGAAACUUUCAUGUAGUCAGUUGUUUGUGCAUUAUGAGCUUUACAAAAUCAAAUACUCAACUUUUUUCUUUCUUUUUUUAAUGGUUCUCAUAUACGGAACAUAAGAAACCAUCAUCUGCCGCAGUCAGCUUCAAUAAUCCAUGUGAAGAAAACAACAAUGCCAAAUCUGCAGGAGAGAGUCCAUACAGAUUGACUUCUAGCAUAGCUGACAAUCGAACCCAGGGUGUUUCGAUGCACCCAUGGGACCUCGGUCAGCGAGGUGCCGCUGCAGCUCUCAGGCUCUCCUCCAGUGGGUGUUCGCAUCUCUCACUUUCACUGAGACGCCUGCCGCCUCCGCAGGCCAUCUGACAGAAAUGCGCAGCGACACUUUCUUCCUUUUUUUUUUUUUUUCUACUUAGAGGACGAUAAUUCUUCUUAUUGUUGUUAUUACAAAGAAUGACACUUGGUUCUUUUCUCUCUUAGAGGAAAAUGUCUUAAAACUCGCUGAAUUGUGUUUGGGAAAAAAAAAAAAACAGAAAGUCUAACAUGACUUCAACAGAAUGUGUGGGAUGAAAAGAAGCACGUUGUUGGUCUUGUAAUCCCCAUGUGCUCCGGCUGUGCUUCUGCAUUCUGUAAGCAAGCAAUGGAUGAACAAAAAAACAAAAUCACACCAACUCUCAGAAACGGGAUUUGUAUUUUGUGGACCAUAUUAAAAGCAGAAAGCAGAGAGGUCUUCGUUUUUUUUGUGCUGCUCUUUCUGCCCUGCGAUUCACUCCAGCUGAACAACAAAACCCUUGCAUGACCCUCCAUCGUCUCGCACUCUACCAGAGUCAGGUGGAGGACUCGCUAAGAACUGGAAACCUGUUAUUUCAUUUUUUUGCUUUUUGUUGAUUCUGAAAGUCAUCCUGGAGCGUUUUCACAGACUCUUAAAUCACAUCUUCCUGGCAGCACUGCAGGGCAAGGACGGAGGUUGAAGAGCUGCUUUUCGGUUAUUCACGUGGGACUUAUAAUGCCAACCGACUUGUGUGGUGGUGCCGAACAGACAGGAACAGUCUCAUCGGCCCAGUCACAUUUGCCUGUUUCCUAUCCAUUGACUGCACUGACUUUUUUCAAUGUUACCUGUGCUUUUUUUCCUACAGCAAAAAAAAAAAACAACACAAAGAAAAAAAAAUCAUAAAAAGACUUGAAAAAAUACAACACAAAAACAAUUCUGUGUCGCUCUACACAUUAUAUACAGAACAAGCACACGUACUUCGUCAGCAAACACGCACACACACACACACACACACACACACACACACAGACUUACACUGCAGUUUGCUCACGGCUCCUCUUGAGAUAAGACUAAUAAGAUUUAGAAAUAUAAUUAUUAAACUAAUGAACAGAGUUGGAAAACAAAACACAGCAUGGCAGGCUUUAUUGCAAACACACACAUACACCAGUUCAUACACACACAUACACGAACACACACUCUGCCUGGAAUUAUAUGUUCUGCUCCCAGAUCUUUUUUCACAGUAGGAAUUUAGCAACUGUUGUUUAGUAGAAGAGUAUCUUAGCUCUCGGCUGGAGGUAACAAACGAUUCCAAAUCCUUUGAAGUGAGAAAUCAGCUUGUUCUCAGUUCCAACAAUCUCCCACAUAUCCCUCGCUACAGUUUAUGCCUCUCAUUUAAUCAGCGUUUUUACUUCAGAGACUCUGGUUUUGUUGUUCAUUACAAUUGAUGGUAUAAGCCACUGUUUUCAUCAAAAAUGCAGUCCUUUAUUAAACUCACAUCAUUGUUGAAAAUAUGUCCGUAAUCUGCUAUAGGCCUCUCUGUUCUGCCUCUCCUGUAAAGUGGAUUUGAAUCAUCAAGAUGAAUCCCAAUCUCUUGAUCCAAAUGUGAUAGCAUCUAGAAGCCAUCAGGUUCUGUAGAAAUCUGACAAGCCAGCUUUCAAAUAAUGAAAAAAAAUGGCAAAAUUGACUGAAACGGAAAAGAGAAAAUAAGAGAAACUUUUAAAAACAAAGAAGUAAAUAAAUACAUUUGAGUGUGAAAGGCCUGUGGGUUGGUUUGCUAACAGUUGCUCUUAAAAGUCCAGUGUGUAGGAUUUAGUGGCACCUAAUAGUGUGAUUCCACUUUGCAACCACCUGAACACCUCUCAUCUCAUCCUCUCCCAUCACGGCUGUCGCGCUCUAAGGUAACCAAAACACAAUAAUUCUCACUUUCAUAUGAUUAUACACCAAUACAAAUGUAAUUAUGAACUUUAUAUUCCAUUUCUGCCUUAAAUACUGCACACUGGACCUUUAAUGUUGGAUGAAAACAGUGACUUUUAUCUGUGACCUGAAUGUAAUCACUAAUGCUAAAAUCUCUAAUGAAAAAAACAAUACAUCAGACAUGAAAAUUGGGACAAGCACACAUCUACAGUGCCUGUUCCCUUUGUUCAUUGGUUGCAAAAAAAAAAAAAAAAAAAAAUCAGAGCGUUACUUACACCGCCAACACCAACA